UGUCGCCCUAAUGAAUCGUGUUUUCAACGGAACACUUAGGUUAAUCAGCAUGGAUUAUUGGAAUCAAGAAAAUAUUGAUUUAGCUCAAAUAGAGUUAGUAUUUAAAGAAUUGGCGUCUCGCCUUGAACACUUAGAAAUGGAUUCUAGCAACAUCCUAUUUCGGAUAGCUGUUGGAUCUAAUCCUGACAAGUACUGGGAAUCGAUAGCGUUUGUACGUGAAUUUUACAAAAAUCUAGAGAAAAAGCAAAAGAUUGAACCAGAUGAAAUACGAAACCAAGUGCGUCUUUUAAGUGAAACCAGCUUAAUCUCCUGUCUUCGUUGGAUCCUGCAUCGUAUUCCAGGAGGCGUAAUCACAUGGGCAACUUAUAAACUUUUUCAAGAAGCAGAGUUAAGAGCUAAUUACCCGACUUCUGGGUUUAACAUAUUCAUGAAACAUGCGACCAAAAAUUCUCACCAUCUAAACGUCUUGAACCAUUUUUUGAAACUGAUGAUGAGUCUUUCUGCAAAGAUGGCUAAUAGCACACAAGUCCGUAAAGGAUCUUCCUUAGAAUCUGUGGCUCAAAUUGCAAGUAUUUGGGCCUUUGAGUGGCCUCAGAUGUCCUUGCAGGAUACACUUGAAUACUGGAAUAAAUGCUCGAAUGCUUGCUUCCACCUUCUUCUAUGCUACAUCCGUAGUAUGGAUAAACAUGAUCAAUCCGGGUUUUCCUGCUUGCCGUAUACAUUACAAACCCAGGUUCAGCGAUGCAAGUAUCCUCCUCAAACUAUUAAUUACCUAGAUGAAAAAGCUUCUCUAGUAAAUUUUUCCCUUAGUUCUUAUUUUUCAAAGGAUCCUUUGGAGGUCAUUCAGCUGGUUUUUCAAAUGCCCGUACCAAAAAACAUAUCUUCUUCAUUACCUCGUCGUUUUGAAGACGUGCAAACAAAAUGCUUGUCCACUCUACAACAAGUCAGCAAGCGUACAUCCUAUCAUUCAGUAUUUUCUAUUCAAGAAUCUGCAUGGUCCAGCUUUAUUACCAAUGGGUUUAAUCACCCAAUAGCUCCUACUAAAACUCAGGAAACGGUAUGCUCUAUUUUGUCUGGAGAAAUUUCAACUUCUGAUUUUCCUCAUGUGGCUCCAUUGGAUCAAGUUUCCUCGUUGGAUAAAAAUAUAGCCAACGAAUGUUCGUUUGAAAGUAUCACACCCGUCUGUUCUUCAAGAAACCUUUGGUGGCUAUGGGUCGAAUCUCGGUGCCCUGAAAUUCCUGAAUCGAAGCGCACUGUCUUUAUGAAUUGCACGAUGAUGCUAGAUAAAAUGAAUAAGCUACUGAUUUUUGAACAGAGCGUUCCUACUUCAAAGUUACUAACCCAGCAAGACGAAUAUCAAGCGAAAACAACGAUCUUAAACAGAAUUAGGUCAUCUUUUAAACGCGUCAUAAAACCGAAAAAGUUCCAAAAGAAAACAUCUAUGCUAACUAAUUCACCAAGAAGAAGCUGCCAAAGCGUACUAUAUGAAAGUAACCGUGCUAUUUUACUUCAUUUGGCCGAUCAAAUGAACCAAUUGUCUUCAACUGAUGCUUACAAAAAAGAUGUGAAACCAUUAAAUUUGAUAUCAGAGCAUGAGGAAGAGUGGGAUCCCGAAGCAACGGGAUAUGUGAAUACUCUAUUAGACUGGGCAAACAAGAGACAGUCUAUGUAUGAUGAACCCAUUAAAUUGAGAUAUCCAAACAAUGUAGACUCACGUCACAAUAAUGACGAAAAAUCGUCGUCCUCGGCUUCUAUAAACAAGUUUAUGUCUUCAUCCUUGACUGCGGCUAGUGAUAAUUCCUCGAUUACUGGGGGUUCGACUUUCUCGUCAAUUGAAAGUCAACCAAAAAACAGCUCUAUUGGCUUUAAAGUUCAGCCUACAGGUUUAAACAGGAAUCAUAAACCAAAGAAUUUGCCCACUAUGCUUGCAAAAAAGAUGUCUAUAAGGAAUCAUCGCGCUCCAUCAGCUACGCCAACUGAGAAGAGUAUUCGACCCCCGUUAAAGGAUUGGGAUUCGAAUGAGACGAUGUCAUCGCCUUUGUUUACAAAGGCCACGAAUUCAGCAAGAAGCAGUCCUUUUUCUCUAGAUCGUACACUAAGUUCGCGUGCGUGAACAUUUGAAACUAUGAAACCAACGCUCUGCAAUGCUCGGAAUAUGUAUUAAUUGAAGUACGAAGGAUCUAAAGGGUUUAAUUAUUUGUCUUGUUUAAUAAUCUACGCAAUUUAGAGAAAUUCAACGUUAAAACGUUCGCAUUUAUUAACUAAUAAAUAAUACACUAAUUUAUCGCUAUUAAAUCAGAAGAGAAUAAAAUAAGUAUAAUGAACAGACC